GUUAGGGGGAGCCGGUGAGCGCGGGCCCGCCGCCGACGAAGGCCUGUCGCCGCACGGUCCGGGCACAUGGCCGCUGUGGGAUGGCGACAACGUGGCUGUGACGGCAGCCCAGUCGCCGGCUACUUUCGAUCCCAUGCGAGCCGGGGAUGCUCAUGCUGGCGCCGCUGUCUUCACCGCAGCCGGCAUGGCCAGUGGCAGCACCCCUCUCGCGACACCCCGCCCAGCAAUGGGCGCUCCCUCAAUGCACCAAACCCCUCCCUCCCAGUCCCCCCGGCCCUCCCCCGCUGGCAGUUUCAUCACAGCGCGUGGUAUGGACUCACUGCCAGCUACACCGCUGACGGCAAGGUCUAGAUCCCCACCACCUCGCAACCAAGAUGCUCCUACCCGGCCUAGUGGCAUCGCCCCUGCAGCUAAGACCGGCCUGCAGGGGUUGUUGCUUGGUGGCGGCAACGGCCGUGGCAUGUACGGUGUGCCGCAGUUCUCCCGCACUGCGGCCUACGCUGGCAGCAUGGGGCCCGCACGGCGCGUUCCUAGCACUUCUCCGCCGGCAGCGGAGGCGGCGGCGGCCCACCGUCAGCCGCAGCAGCCCUUCACAGCGCCGCCGCCGCCGCUGCGCACGCAGCCCCCACCGCCUCAGCAGCAACCCGCAGCGCCUCAGCUAGCAGUCCCCCGGUCGUCAUCGCCUGCGGUACCACCAGCCGCGCAGAGUCCACCGGAGGCCGCCCAGCAGUGCGACGACAUUGAGGAUCUCCUUACGGCCUGGGAUGGCGGGCCUGACCUUGUGGAGGAGCCCACGCCGCUGCACGACCUCUGCGUCCUGGUCGGUCGUCUCCAGCGCGACAGCGACCUCCUCGAGCGCCACGGCUGGCCGCGUGGGAAUGUGAUGUCCGCCGAGGCAUUCAUCAACGCCCUCAACCCGCGUCUAGUGCCCAGGGCGACCGUCCGCUACAACCUCGACGACUUCACCACGGACAUGCUGAUGUGGCACCUGGGCAACCUCACCAACCGCGUCUGGACCGUCAACCCGGCGGGCUACGUCACUGCCAACGACCUCAUUAUGGAGCUGCGGGCGCGCAUCGUGGGCAAGAUUGGUGUCGGCCCUCUCUGGCAGCGGUACGUAGUUGAGCUGAGGCAGUACGUGCGUGACUCCCUGUCCGGCCGGGCGGCAACGCCGCCGAGGUCGCUACCGUCGCCAGCGGACCCUGAUGCACCGGCGGCGGCCCCUUGGGGGCCGCCGCCCACUGCGGCGGCAGCCACAGGGCAGCCGCCGCUCGUGCCAGGACCCGCCGGUUAUGGUAACGCGGCGCCCCCUGCCGUUCCCGUGCACGGUGCCGCUUCAGCGGUCUCGCUGCUGUCAGCCACAGCCACCUCGGCAGCGCCACCGCCGCCGCCAGUCCCCAAUCCUGCAGCCCCCGUCCCUGCCGCGGCAGCUGUAGGACCCGCCGACCUGCCGCCGCCUAUCGGCGCUGCCUGCCUGAACCACCGGGAAGAAGUCAGCAGGUGCCGGCUGCAGCUCACCAAGCUGGAUCCGCAGUUCGACGGCAAGGCGAGCGAAUUCCCCAGGUACGAGUCAGCGGCGCGGAGCUGGGUGGAGACUGCGCAGGUCAACGCUGUGCCGGGCUUGCCUUGGCCUGAUCUCCGCCAAGUGGCCAGCCUGAUGGCUAGCCACACGCUGGUCAACCAGUCUGACCCCGCCCUCUGGUUCAAGCACAACGUCGAGGCCCUCCAGCUGGCGCACUACCGGGCUUACAGGGGGCUCAGUGGCGUGAAGGAGGAGUACCGCGGGCAGAGCAUCGGCACCUUGGUGGACUUCAUCGAGUACGUCCUGGUGGCGAUGAAGCGGCAUUACAGCGGUAACAGCGGUGAUGCGGUGUCGUGGCUCGAGCACUUCACGUGGCCCCCCGACCCCAACAAACCGGGCUAUGGCCUGCCUCCCGCCCAGGUCUACACGGAGUACGUGAACGGCUGCCUCAACCUUCCGGAAGGGGAGUAUCCCGAGGUGAACCUAGCACGCCGCCUGAUGCUCGCCGGUCGCAACCUGCGUGGGUAUGACUUCAUCCGCACCCGGUACGAGGCGAUGGACACCGAGCAGCAGAAGGGACUGACGCGGGAGCGCGUGCGCCAGUGGCUGGCUGAGAUGGAAACAGCGCGCUCCACGGAGGGGGGUCUGCAGUUCAUCACGGCGCCUACCGUCGCUGCAGCCCCUAGCGCGCGUCGCGCCGUCACUGUCUCCUAUGCCGCCGCAGCACCCAGCCCACCCAGCGCCAAGGCGGCGCCGGACUGCUUCACGCCGCAGAUGGCAGGGGACCUCGAUGCAGCGCUGCAGACCACUGGCGUUGUCACCGGCGACUGGUUCACCAACCACCUACACUGCCCCUGUCCGGUGCAUGCCUGGUUCACGGACACCCCGCACCUGCUGGCCGCGUGCCGUGUCGCGAAGGACUACUGGAAAAACAGGGACGCAGGGGGUUUGCUGCGCAGGGCCGACGAAGGCAUACUCCGGGCGGAAGCGGAGCGGGUUCUGCCGCCUCAGCUGCGGGAAGACGUGGCGCCUGCGCGACGCCGCCGACCAGCCUACGCCCCACCGCCUGCUGGCACCUUGGUGCCGCAGCCACCACCGCCGCAGCGACAGCAGCAGCACGCGCCUCGCGCCUCGCGCCGCACGGCGGAACCUCCACUGCAGCACCCAUGGGCGAACCGGCAGGCGGGAGCUCUGCAGCGUCAGCACACAGUUCCGGCGCACCAUGCUGCAGCUGGCGCCUAUGCCCAGGAAUCCUCGCUGUUGCACGACCUUGUCGUCGGGCAGCAGUUGCUGGGCCAGCAGUUGCACGUGCUGACCGCUGCCAUGCGGCACCCUGAGCCGCAGCCCCGGGAACAGUACGUGCGGCACCCGCAUCCGCCCGCGCCGUCAGCUUACCAGGCGUCGCCCGCAGCAGCAGCAGCAGCACCCGCCCUGGCGCCGGCGCCCGCGCACGCGACCCUGCUGCCAACGGUUGCCUCCACCUCGGCUUCCUCCAGCUACUGGGCGCCGUCGACGCCGCCCAGCGUUAUGCACGAGCCUGCCGUACCGCACGGCGUCAUGCAUGUCGGCAACUUCGGUGCCCAGCCGCCAUCCAGCACAUCGGCCGCUGCUGUAGCACCGCCAGCGGUGGGUUACACGCCCGGUAUGCCGGCCUACUCCGUUGGUCUCAGCAGCUCGGUCGCGGCUUCCUCAGCAGCCUCAACGCCGCCAGUCAUGGCACAGGUGGCGACCAGUGGUCCCCUGGGAUUCGAGCAGCGUUCACCAGCGGAAAUCCUGCCUCACUUGCGCUCCCGGCCAGCCAAGUUCGCAGGCGAUCCGCAUGCAGUGGUCAGCGCCGCCGCGGCACCGCCAACGCUGCCCACGCUCCUGCAGCAGCUCCAGGCGGGUCUGUCGCAGGCACAAGACGCAGCGGGCGGUCUGCGCCAGCUCUGCGGCACCGGGUCCUCGCCACCGGCAGCGGUUAUCACGGCCGCAGCCGCAGCCGCCAACGCCAGCAUUCUGCGCUCGGGAUCUCUGCCGUACCUCCUGCAGGCCAGUCACGCCACCGGUCUGCUGGUCAGCAGCGCAGCUCGGCCUUCGGGUCAGCUGCCAGGCAGGGUGCUGGUGGACUCAGGCAGCGCAGUGCACAUCGUGGCGCGACGGGUCGCAUGCAGCCUGGACCUGGAGGUUAUCCCCUUCCCGUCGCUGUCCAUCACCACGGCAGCGGGUCGCAGCAGCGUCAUGGGAGUCGCGGAGGUCACCCUCACCUUCGCCAGCGGCACGCCGGACGUCAUCACGCACAGCUCGUCGGCACUGGUUGUGGAGGACACCGGUGCGGAGGCGUUCGACCUGAUCCUGGGCACCGAGGUCCUGUGGCACAAGUUCGGCUGCGACAUCCUGCUGGGCGGCCCCACGCCGCUGCUCCGCUUGCGUCGUGGCUACCAUCACCCACAGCCCUGCGCCCACCUUCCCACCACCUCCCUGCCCAUUGCCAGGCCCGAGCCCAUGCUGGUCGCCAACGCCACCGCCCUCGCCGUCGGUGGCGCCUCGCUGCCGCAGCCUCAGCCGCCGCAGCAGCCGCCAGCAGCAGCACCAGCCACCGCCGGCGCGCCUAGCGCUGCCGGCGGCCAGCCAUGACGCAACAUCCGUCCGCAGCGGGACAGCAGGGUUCCGCUGCCGGGUCGUCGCCGCCUAGCCGCGGCGACGCAGGUCCGGGCAGUUUCGCUCCGGAUGGGCGUCGGUUGCCUCCGCAGGAAGCGGAAUUUGAGCGGACACCGCAGGGCUGGCUGCUGACGAAGCGGUCGGACCUGUCUCCAGCUCAGCGGGAUCACCUAGUGCGGCUGAUGCUGGAGCAUGAUGAUCUCUUCGCUCGCAGUUUAGCGGACUUAGGCGAGUAUAGGGGGGAAGUAGGGCCUUUCCGCAUUGACCUGAUCCAUGACCGGCCUAUUUGGCAGCGACCUUGGAACCAUUCCGCUGCUGAGUACGACGUCAUGGAUCAGAAGUGCGGGGAACUAGCCGGGGCCAACAUCAUCGAGACCAGUCGCAGCUCCAAGUACGCCAUGAACUCGGUGAUGCCAGUCAAGAAGGAUGUCAACGGGCAGUUCACGGAGACGCGUUUCUGCCAGGACGCGCGCCGUACCAACGCUGCCACCGUGCCUGACCCGUAUAGUCCGCCCCUGCCGGAGGAGCUGUUUCAGCGCAUUGGGUCAGCCCGUUGGCUCACCAAAGCAGAUUGCCGCGCCGCAUUUCUGCAAAUCCCCAUCCAGCCGGAGCACCGUGAGCGUACGUCCUUCUGGUGGCGCCGGGACCUGAUGCAGUACCGGCGGAUGGUGUACGGCCUGCGCAACGCCACUGCGCACUUUCAGCGGGUCAUGGAUUUCCACAUCCGGCAGCACGGGCUGCAGGACUUUGUCUGCGCUUACGUGGACGAUCUGCUGAUCUUCUCCAACACCUUUGAGGAGCACUGCGAGCACCUGCGCCGUGUCUUCGCUAUGCUGCGGGCCAUCAACAUCCGUCUGCACCCGGAGAAGACGAUGGUGGCCAGCGACUGUGUGGAGUUCCUGGGCUUCAUGGUCUCGGCUGAUGGCAUGGGCCCCACCCGUGCCAAGGUAGCCGCCUUCCUGGCGCUUACCGCGCCUACGUCAGCCACCGCGCUCAAGACCAUCCUGGGCAUGUACGGCUACUACCGUGAUCUAGUCCACCAUUACACCGACAUCGUGGCGGGCAUCACGCCACUGACCUCCAAGAACGUCGUUUGGCACAGCGACACUUGGCGUCCCGAGCAUCAGGCGGCACUGGACGAGCUCAAGCGCAUCUACUCUGAGGAGGGGCUGGUAUUGCGGCGCGUGCACCCUGAUCGGCCCCUGAUCCUGCACACGGACUUCUCAGGCGUGGGUAUCAGCGGCGUGCUGGGUCAGCUGGACGAUCAGUCGCGGGAGUAUAUGUGCGCCUGCAUUUCUAGGUCGCUGAACGUGCAUGAGCGCAAGUACACCAGCUACAAGGGUGAGCUGCUGGCAGUGGUCUGGGCCGUAAAGCUCCUGCACAGCUACCUCAGCAGCCGGCCGUUCACCGUGGUCACCGAUCACGCCCCGCUGCUGUGGCUGAUGACAACCUCGGAGGGCCUCACGCCGCAGUACGCGCGCUGGGCGCUGACACUGCAGGCCUAUGACUUCGACGUCGUACACCGCCCCGGCCACCUCCACCAGAACGCGGAUGCCCUUAGCCGCAGCCCGCUAUCGUCUGCCCAUGACGGUUCUGGUGCCCGCCUUGACGAGGAGGAUGACCCCGUGCGCCCGCCGCCGGCGCUCGUGGCAUACCCGGGGGUGGAGUGGCCAGCAUUCGCCUUUCGCCGCCGCCUGCCCACGGCCGCGGCGGUACUGGCGGCCCGCUUUGCGCUGUCCCCUACCACCGCGUCGCCAGCCAGCGUCAUCUCCUACGCUGUCAGCCUGGCGCCCACGGCGCCGUUCACGACCUACACAGUGGUAGCAGCCAUCCCCGAGCGCAUCCGGUGCCUGUCGCUUCACGCAGUGGAGCUGUCGAGCGCCGCCAGCAGCGUGGUCGUCGCAGCUGGAGAGCUCGCAGACCCCGUACCGGACCCCGUGCAUCCUGCCAUGCACCGUGCGGCCGUACUUUGUGCGGCACUAUGGAGGCUUGCUGGCGGCUGGAGCUUGGGAUGAGGACACUCGCGCGCCGGCUUGCUCGGUGGCGGAGCUGGUGCAGUGGGCUGUGUCGGACGCAGGGACGGAGGCGCUGGGACUUCUCAACCGAGGUCAGUGGUUGGUCAUGGGCAGCUGGGCGGGGGAUGUAGGCUGGUCGGCGCAGUUGUACGUGCACUUUCUGGGUGCGCUGCAGAGCAGCAUGCGGGCAGCUGGGGCACCGCCGCCUGCCUUCCUCCUGGAGGGCCCUGCGUGCACGCUGGAGGCUGCGGAAGCCGCCGGUCUG